GGUCCACUCAAUAGUGAGCAGCAUGAGAAACCAGAUCGACCUGCUCGCCACCGUCACUGUCCUGGGAGUCCUGGAGCAAGCCUAUUUUGCACUGCAGGUGAUCUAUGCCAGGCGGAAGUACAAGAUCUCUCCUCCGGAUACAACAGGGCACCCCGAAUUCGAGCGAAUCUUCAGAGCUCAGGUGAACUGCUCCGAGUACUUCCCCAUCUUCAUCUCGCUGCUCUGGGUGGCCGGGAUCUUCUUCCACCAAGUUCACACCCAUCGCUAA